AUGGAUAUGCAUCAUAACCUUCUGCAAUCAGAGGUUUUAUCGUUUUUCUCUCCUGUCAAAACUGAUGUGGAUUCACUGGCUGACCAUCCAGUCGCACCGAAGUGUGAUAUAUUCGAACCUGCUGCACCCAAAAGCAAAACAAUUACAGUCAAGUGUGAAAAGCUGGAAAACGAUCAGAUCAGACCANCAGAUAUAACAGCCAAGCUAGAUAGAAUGGCCCAAAAAUUAGGUUUUCAAGUUCCGACAAAAAGCGGUGGCACUGAACACAAUACAAGUUCAGACUGUGAAGAUAUACAGUUCGACGAGGUAGAAUUGGCUGAUGUCCAAACACCUCCAGAACCGGCCCCCUCAAAGCCACAAUGUGAUGCACCGACACAGCCACCCAAGGCAUCUGCUCCUAAGAGGUCGAUUUUUGCAAGCCUGAUGAAGCGGCUGUCUUCGCGUCCAAAAAAUUCCAGUUUAAGUGCAAGAAGCAGUUCCGGUGAUAGACAUGGCAAUCGAUCCCGUACCACCCAUGAAGAUUCGAACACCACUGGAAUCCGCCGCUGGUUUACAAAGCGACUGUGGCGGCAAAAGACACCGGAUCGUAAGGAGGAUACCCCGAGCUAUGUGAGCGUUUCGGUCGCCGCUUUCGGCUAUUCUGGCUACGGGCGUACUUCUUUAUCCUCGGGUAAUUUAAACCACACACGAACAGAGAAAUUGAAGAGCCUUCCAAUCCCCGAUCGGUCCGCUCUCAAUUCCUCUGCUAAGGCUGAUGUCCCCGAUGCGAAACCGGCCACUGACCUCCCCACCAGUCAGUCAUCACGUAAGACAGACGGAUCUCAAAGGAGUCCCCUGCACGUGGACAUUACGGAUUCAACAAACGGCGAGAUUCUACAAAAUGGACAUGUGGGCAAUGGCACAGUUAAACCGUCACCAAACGAGGAUCAACACUCUUCGGAGAAGAAACUGACUGAAACACCAGGAAUACCAAGUCGACCUACUUCCAGGCCCCUUUCACAGUCUCCCUGUCCGUCUUCCAUUGGGGAUAAUUCGGAAUCGGCACCAGGCACUGUUCGUCUACGUCGUACACGGACACGUAGUCAAACAGGCAACUCGGACGACCAAGAGCAUUGGCAUCGCUCGUCACUCAUCAUGCUUGCUGUGGCACAUGCUAGUCCACGAGGUCGCCUUGCCACUUCGGCUGCCAGCCCGGAUUCCAGUGUAGUUUUUCAUCACGGCGAUGGUGAGGAUGCGACAUCGGACUACAUUCCAGGUUAG